ACGGAUGACAUUCCUUUGUAGUUAGAGAAGCCUGGCUACUGGGAACGGUGUUUGUUUUGGUUUUUCCCGGUCAUGGUUUACCAGAACCAAUCUGAGUUGGAAAAUGCUAUUUGCUUUACUCUUGUGCAACAUUAAAUUGUGUCAGUCAAGCAAAAUAAAGCCCUAUUUAUAAAAGUGCCUGCUUCUGCUUUCACUUUAUUGCAUCGAGGGCUCCACAAGGGAGGAAAAUGAAGUUUUUGCUGCUUAGUACAUUUCUGGUUUUGUGUAGUUCCUUAGCCUGGGCAAGAGAUAAGCAUUAUUUCAUCGGAAUUACUGAAGCCGUGUGGAACUACGCUUCUGGCAACGAAGAGAAGAAACUUAUUUCAGUUGACACGGAACAGUACAAUUUCUAUCUUCAAAAUGGUCCAGAUCGUAUCGGAAGAAGAUAUAAGAAGGCUCUUUACUCUGAGUACACAGAUGGCACCUUUAGUAAGACUGUAGACAAGCCAGCCUGGCUAGGGUUUUUAGGCCCGGUCAUCAAAGCUGAAGUUGGAGAUAAAGUUUAUGUUCACUUAAGGAACCUCGCCUCUAGGAGCUACACUUUCCAUGCACAUGGGGUAACUUACACCAAGGAGUAUGAGGGGGCCAUCUACCCUGACAACACCACUGAUGUUCAAAAGGCUGAUGACAAAGUAUUUCCCGGACAACAGUAUUUGUACGUGCUGCACGCCAACGAGCAAGCUCCCGGCGAGGGAGACAGCAAUUGUGUGACCAGGAUUUACCACUCCCAUGUUGACGCUCCAAAAGAUAUUGCAUCUGGACUCAUAGGACCUUUAAUACUCUGUAAAAAAGGUUCUCUACAUAAGGAAAAAGAGAAGAAUAUUGACCAAGAAUUUGUAGUAAUGUUCUCGGUGGUGGAUGAAAAUCUCAGUUGGUAUCUAGAAGAUAACAUCAAAACCUUCUGCUCUGAACCAGAGAAAGUCGAUAAAGACGACGAAGACUUCCAGGAAAGCAACAGGAUGUACUCCAUAAAUGGAUAUGCAUUUGGAAGCCUCCCUGGGCUCUCAAUGUGUGCAGAAGACAGAGUGAAGUGGUACCUUUUUGGUAUGGGUAAUGAAGUCGACGUGCAUUCAGCUUUCUUUCACGGUCAAGCCCUGACCAGCAAGAACUACCGUACUGAUGUAAUCAACCUGUUCCCUGCCACCCUAAUUGAUGCUUACAUGGUGGCCCAGAAUCCUGGAGUCUGGAUGCUCAGUUGCCAGAACCUAAACCAUCUGAAAGCUGGGUUGCAGGCCUUUUUCCAGGUUCGGGACUGUAACAAGCCCUCGCCAGAGGAUGAUAUCCAAGAUAGACCUGUGAGACACUAUUACAUUGCUGCUGAGGAGAUCAUCUGGGACUACGCUCCUUCUGGGACAGACAUCUUCACUGGAGAGAACUUAACAGCUCCGGAAAGCGAUUCAAGGGUAUUUUUUGAGCAAGGUCCCACAAGAAUCGGUGGCUCUUAUAAAAAGAUGGCUUAUCGUGAGUACACAGAUGAGUCCUUCACAAACCAAAAACAAAGAGGCCCUGAUGAGGAACAUCUUGGAAUCCUGGGUCCUCUCAUUUGGGCAGAAGUAGGAGACAUCAUUAAAGUCACCUUUCAUAACAAAGGACAACAUCCUCUCAGCAUUCAGCCAGUGGGGGUAAGAUACACCACGGAAAAUGAAGGAACAUACUAUGGCCCACCUGGCCGCUCUUCAAGGCCAGCAUCCUCCCAUGUGGGUCCCAAAGAAACCUUUACGUAUGAAUGGAUUGUCUCCAAAGAAAUGGGACCCACUUAUAAUGAUCCUGUGUGCCUAUGUAAGAUGUAUUACUCUGGCGUUGACCCCACCAAAGAUAUAUUUACUGGGCUUAUUGGGCCAAUGAAAAUAUGCAAGAAAGGCAGCUUACUUGCAGAUGGGAGACAGAAAGAUAUAGACAAGGAGUUCUACUUGUUUCCCACAGUGUUUGAUGAGAAUGAGAGUUUACUCUUGGAUGACAAUAUCAGGAUGUUCACAACUGCACCUAAUCAAGUGGAUAAGGAAGAUGAAGACUUUCAGGAGUCUAAUAAGAUGCACUCCAUGAAUGGAUUCAUGUAUGGCAAUCAGCCUGGCCUCAAUAUGUGUCUAGGAGAAUCCACUGUGUGGUAUUUGUUCAGUGCUGGAAAUGAGGCAGAUGUACAUGGGAUAUACUUUUCAGGAAAUACUUAUCUGUCCAAAGGAGAAAGAAGAGAUACUGCAAACCUAUUCCCUCAUAAAAGUUUCACCCUUCUCAUGAAUCCUGACACAAAAGGGUCUUUUGAUGUUGAGUGUCUGACAACGGAUCACUACACAGGCGGCAUGAAGCAAAAGUACACUGUGAAGCAGUGCAAGCGGAACUUUGAAGAUUUCACUGUUUACUAUGGAGAAAAGACCUACUAUAUUGCAGCAGUGGAGGUGGAAUGGGAUUAUUCACCAAGCAGGGACUGGGAAAAGGAGCUGCAUCAUUUACAAGAGCAAAAUGUUUCAAAUGUAUUUUUGGAUAAAGAAGAGUUUUUCAUAGGCUCAAAGUACAAGAAGGUUGUGUAUCGCGAGUUUACUGACAGCACAUUCAGAGAACAGGUGAAGAGAAGACCUGAAGACGAGCACUUGGGCAUCCUCGGUCCACCAAUUCAUGCAGAUGUUGGAGACAAAGUUAAAGUUGUCUUUAAAAAUAUGGCAACCAGGCCAUAUUCAAUACAUGCCCAUGGGGUGAAAACAGAGAGUUCUACAGUCGUCCCAACGUUACCAGGUGAAGUUCGCACUUACAUAUGGCAAAUUCCAGAUAGAUCAGGUGCUGGAAGUGAAGAUUCACCUUGUAUUCCAUGGGCUUAUUACUCGACCGUGGAUCGAGUUAAGGAUCUCUAUAGUGGGCUAAUAGGCCCACUGAUUGUUUGUCGGAAAUCUUAUGUGAAAGUAUUCAAUCCUAUAAAGAAAAUGGAGUUUUUCCUUUUGUUUCUAGUAUUUGAUGAGAAUGAAUCUUGGUACUUAGAUGAUAACAUCAAAAUAUACUCUGAACACCCUGAGAAAGUAAACAAAGACAACGAGGAAUUCAUAGAAAGCAAUAAAAUGCAUGCUAUUAAUGGAAAAAUGUUCGGAAACCUACAAGGCCUCACAAUGCAUGUGAAAGACGAAGUCAACUGGUAUGUGAUGGGCAUGGGCAAUGAAAUAGACCUGCACACUGUACACUUCCAUGGCCACAGCUUCCAAUACAAGCACAUGGGAAUGUACAGUUCUGAUGUCUUUGACCUUUUCCCCGGAACAUACCAAACCCUAGAAAUGUUUCCCCAAACACCUGGAACUUGGUUACUCCACUGCCACGUGACUGACCAUGUGCAUGCUGGGAUGGCAACUACCUACACUGUUUUACCAGCAGAACAAGGUGUUUUCAAGUGUAUUAUAAAAACGAAGACAGUUGUACAGCUCAUGUACCUGCAACAAGACCAGCCCCUCCGCUCAGCCCCUCAGCUCAGUCCCUCAGCGCAGACGCUUCCUCUACCUGCAGUUCCAUCCAGAAGCCAGAAUCCAAAGCUCCUAACUGGGAUCAACUAUAGAUUUUUGCCCCUCAAAAGCUAUAUUCUAAAUUAACAAGACGUGAUAUCACACCAUAUUUAAAUUGUUUAGUAUACUGUAAUAUACUGCAUAUUUAAAAGUAAGAGAGGCGGUUUUAUUUACCUGUAAUUUCAAAAGGUCUUCUGUGUAAUUUUUAUCAGCUAAGGAAUCAGACGUCAUUAAGACAUGAACCCACGGAUAUAUUAAGCCAUAAUGACUGCAGGCAUUUAUCUGAAACAUUACAGAAAUACAUCACAAGCCAAAUAGAACAACAACAAAACAAACAAUUUCUUGAUCCAUUCAUUAAUUCUCUCUCACAUCUUAGACUCAGUUAUAUCUCUCUGUCACGUCUUACACUCAGUUAUAUUCUCUCUCUCACGUCUUAGACUCAGUUAUAUUCUCUCUCUCACGUCUUAGACUCAGUUAUAUUCUCUCUCUCACGUCUUACACUCAGUUAUAUUCUCUCUCUCACGUCUUAGACUCAGUUAUAUUCUCUCUCACGUCUUAGACUCAGUUAUAUUCUCUCUCUCACGUCUUAGACUCAGUUAUAUUCUCUCUCUCACGUCUUAGACUCAGUUAUACUCUCUCUGUCACGUCUUAGACUCAGUUAUACUCUCUCUGUCACGUCUUAGACUCAGUUAUAUUCUCUCUCUCACGUCUUAGACUCAGUUAUACUCUCUCUGUCACGUCUUAGACUCAGUUAUAGUCUCUCUGUCACGUCUUAGACUCAGUUAUAUUCUCUCUUAGGAAAAGGAAGCUUUGCAGGUGGAUUUCCCUGGAAGAGUUUUGCAGUCUCAUUGCUUCCGUAUCAAAUAAUCUGCAAUAAAUACUUCCUAAUAUUUUGAAAUUUAAAAAUAUUCUACAGAAGUGCUUUCAAAAAACAAAAAAUAGCACUGCUCCUAAGAUAACAGUGGAAAUCAUUUUUAUUUAUAGCAUUUUGGAUAUGACAAAAUAUGCUUUUAAGUUCUCAUGAUGAUUGCCAUGGAGUAUCCUUUAUCCAAGAAAUUACACUGGUGACCUUUCCAGUCACUGCAUAGUACCCACAGCAGUCAUAGCAACAGGAUUCUAUGGAAACAGAGCAGGAGGGGUGGGUGACAAAGGCUGUCACAGCUGCCUACAGCACACCUGAAGCCCAAGUGUGACCCUGAAAGGAAACAGGACAGUACAGUAGCCCCUUGCCUCGGCCCUUUAAAAAACUGACCAAGUCAACCCUUUUGGCGAAAGACCCUCUACGCUGUGACACUGCGGGUGGUAAUGAUGGAGUAUGGCCGUCCUCCUUAAUUUGAGGGUAUGAAAUUUGAGUUGGGUGGGGUCUCAUGUGUAGCCCUGGCUGGCCUGGAACUCACAGAGAUCCACCUGCCCCUGCCUCCUGAGUGGUUAAGAUUAAAGGCAUUUGCCAUGACACCUGGCUUCCAGGUGGUAGUCUUACCAUUUUUAUUUAUUUACUUGUGUGUGUACGUUUGUGUGUGCAUGUGCAGAGGUCGGAGAACAAUUUUCAGGAGUCAGUUCUCUCCUUCUACUGUGGUCCCAGGGAUGAAACUUAGCUCCCCAGACCUGGCAGCAAGGGCCUUUACAGGGUAAGCAGUCUCAGCAGCCCCACUUGGUUUCUUUAGAAUGGGAAGGCACGUAAGAUGUAGGUAACUUCAGUCAUAGGUACCAUGUGUAAGCAUUAAACAUACGGUAGGGGCUAGGGAGAUAGCCUCAGUCGGGAAUGUGUUUACCUCACAGGAAUACAAAUCUGAGCUGGAGUCCUACAACCUGGAAAACGUCAGGUGUGGUGCUACAAGUUUGCAAUCUCAGUGUCGAGGAGGAGGCAACACAGAGGAUACCUAGGCCUUGGCCAGCUAAUAGCCUACAUGACAGACCCUAUUUCAAAAUACAUGGACAGAGUCCCUGAGAAUGGCACCGGAGAGUGACCUUCAGACCCUAGACAUAGGACAUCUGGAUCUGCACGUGCACUGCACCGGCUCCCUCUCUCCUAAACACAAAAAACAGUUUAUUGCAGCACACAAUGUAUGCAUUGAAGGUAUUCCACUGUCUUACCAAAUCCUCUGCUGUUCUCAAGGGUAUGGUAUCAGGACACUGCCUCUCAGAUAGCCUCCAGAUGUACUGAGAUAUGAGCUUGACGAAGAGCUCUUCAGGAACCACGUUUGGGAGACACGCUACGAGCUGAGCUUCCCAGAAGUCUACCAAAAGCUGCGGAACCACAUCUUCAUCCUUUCCACACAGCACCUAGAAAGGAGAGCAUCCCACGUGAGUGCAGAGCCAGUGACACGCGGUCAGACAGCAGAGCUGUCAGUCACUACACCAGCACCUAGAAAGGAGAGCAUCCCACAUGAGUGCAGAGCCAGUGACACGCGGUCAGACAGCAGAGCUGUCAGUCACUACACCAGCACCUAGAAAGGAGAGCAUCCCACAUGAGUGAAGAGCCAGUGACACGUGGUCAGACAGCAGAGCUGUGGCUCCGCCACAUGGUCAGACAGCAGAGCUGUGACUACACCAUGCGAUCAUGUAGUACAUAAUUUUGGCCUGACUGCCACAGCAAGAACUAAGUUACACUUUCUGUUAAUUAGAAACAGAUUCUUGGUGGCAUGCACGGAGUUUCUGCAGAAAGUCUUUUAAUUUGUAUGUUUACAUUAUAAAUUGAUUAUACAGAA